GUAUGGAUUUGCUCUUUGCCUCCUCAUCGCUAGUCUUGCCAUUCCUAUGUUUUCAUAGGACUCUCCGAUCUCACUUGUUGACUUUGGAUUGGGUACGUACUCGUGACCAGGCCGCAAGAGCUCUUACGAAUGUACUCAUUAUUAUUAUUCACCUGCAUUUUCUGUGAGUCAGGGCUGCUCAACCCUGCUCCAAAGCCCGGGUGGGAGGGCUACUCAAUUCAUUGAGGGUUACCCUUUAAUCCAGCGAAUGUUGCAAUAACAUAAUGACCACCACUUUGCAAAACUCGCCCUGGGUCUUGAAGAAGUCAAUUCUUGUUUAUGCACCCAAUCUCAACGUUUCUUGUUGUGCUCGCCUUUGUAUUAUCCAUGAUCAAACUGCUAACCAAGGAUCCAUAUCCCUUUUGAUUACAGCAGAUCUUGCUAACUUGAGCGGCAGAUUACAGGUGCUCACUUUGAAUAUCCCCCCAGACAGAGUCGGAAAAUAUGCUUUAGCUCGGAAAAGCAACGAUAACCUCUGUCCAUCUCAUCUCCUUUCCCUUCUCCCGGCACCUGUUAAUAAUGUUUUGGACGUCUUAACACUGAGCCUGAGCCUCAGUAUGACCGGCAUUGUCCUUUGUCUACCAGAGAUAGAGAGUCUAAGCCCAGCCACACCAGGACACACAGUGUCAUUUAACCAUGCUCGCCAUGGCGUGGUCCAGAAAGAUUGGCGUUCCUUGUCCGAGCAGGCGAAGGAGGCGGAUCCACCCUUAUAUUGUGAGGAGUCUGUGUCCGAGCAGGGCAUUGGAAAGUGGCGCAGAGGUAUCUUCUCCUCUUACUACCCAUGGUUAAUGUCACCUAAUAAUGAAAGACAAAAAAGACUGCUCCUUCCAUCCCCUCAACUGAUAGGCUCUCCCACUGAAGUGAAUAUGCUGAGUACUCUCUCCCUGUCACCGUCCUUGAUUCGCCCAACUUACUUUACGCAUGCUUCCUCUCCUGGCCACAUAGAGUGUAAGAGACUUACACGUCUUAAACAUGAACUCCGUGGACGCCAACAUCUGCUGGCCAUGCCAAAAGACAUAGACUGUGACAUAGAGAAAAUCAGCUUUGCCGAGAUCGAGACGAUUGAGCGUCGCCUCGAACGUUAUGUUGAUGAGAUGGUUGAGCGCCGCCUUAAAUCACACAUUCUUGACGAGAUUGUCGAUAGUGCUGUCAGCGAGUGUCAUGAUCAGAUCUACGCCGAAUGCAAAACAAAUGAGGCCGAAUUCCGUGAACAGGUCGAUGAUGGUAACUCCGAGGUACGCAAUACAGCUAAUAAAUCACAACAGUAUAUGAAGGACAUCGAGGAUCAGGGAAUUGAGGUUGAGAUGUCUGCGGAAGCAAAAGUUGUAAAGUUCAAGCAAUGGUUUAAUGCUUCUGCUCAGUCCUUACUUAGUAGUAAGUCAAGCUCUAGCUAUAAGCUGGGUGCUAAUGCCAGGCGCAGUUCUAUUUGA